UUCGCAUUUCGCACCUCACAGUCCGUAUCUCCACCCCACGCCUUUUUUGUCACUGUCAGAAUCGUGCUGCUCGAACCCGAACGCCGAUCCGUAAUGGUAUAGGGUGCAAACCCAAUGCGAUCAUUCAUUGUUCGUUCAUUCAUUCAUUCACUCAUUUCCCUACUCUCUGAGAAAACAAUAUAAAAUUCCCCCAAAACUGAACUUGAUUCGCUUUCCUAGGCUGAAAGUUCAAUCUCUGCCCGCAUUGACGGCUCCGCCUGAUUCCGUCUACACCCAUAAAUUUGGCAGCAUCGUUCUUCCUCCGUACUCGGAUAUUACUGUGGUUUGACGAUACUUUGCCCACGCAUUUGUUUCUGGAUCUUGCUUGUUGCGAAAUGUGGAAUCUGUGAAUUUGCCUCUACUUACUCUGUUGGUUAUAUCUGCGGCGAGGGAAGAAGUUCAAGUUAGAUUCGGUGCCUGAAGUCGUCAAGAGAUGAGUGCAUAUAUCGUUGGUGUUCUUGUACCUAUCGUAGUUACACUUUUCUUUCGAAACACCAAAAGAGCGAAGAGAAGAGGCUUGCCUGUUGAUGCUGGCGGGGAUCCUGGUUUUGCUGUUCGGAAUAGUAAGCACGCUGCGCCUGUGGAAUCAGCAUGGGAAGGCAUCUUUACUCUUGCAGAGCUCUUUGAGUACUCAUGCAAGCAGCACCAAGACAGACGCUUACUUGGAACCCGGAAAUUGAUCUCAAAAGAGACUGAAGUAACUAAAGAUGGAAGAUCCUUCGAGAAGGUUCAUUUGGGUGACUAUGAGUGGCUAACAUAUGGUCAAGCAUUUGAAGCUGUGUGCAGUUUUGCUUCUGGUCUAGUGCAACUUGGGCAUAAAAAGGGUGAACGUGCAGCUAUCUUCGCUGACACUAGAGAAGAAUGGUUUAUUGCCUUGCAGGGAUGCUUUAGGCGCAAUGUUACAGUUGUAACCAUAUAUGCAUCUUUAGGAGAAGAGGCAUUAUGUCACUCGUUAAAUGAGACAGAAGUCACUACUGUGAUUUGUGGCCAGAAAGAGUUGCAUAAACUUUUAAGUAUUGGUGGACAGCUUAAUACAGUGAAGAAUGUGAUAUGUAUGGAUGAGAUUCCUCAGAGCAUUAUAAACUCUGAGCAUGACGACUGGAAAAUCACCUCAUUUGCUAAAGUUCAAUUGCUUGGCCAGGAAAGUAAAGUGGGUGCUGAAUUACCCAUUUCAGCUGACAUUGCAGUUAUAAUGUAUACAAGUGGAAGCACUGGAUUGCCCAAGGGUGUGAUGAUGACACAUGCAAAUGUCUUGGCCACAGUUUCUGCUGUCAUGACUAUAGUUCCUGGUCUCGGAAAGAAGGAUACCUAUCUCGCAUACUUACCCAUGGCUCAUAUCCUUGAGUUGGCAGCAGAGAAUGUAAUGGCUGCUGUUGGAUGUGGUAUUGGUUAUGGGUCUCCUUUAACACUUACUGAUACAUCUAACAAGAUUAAACGAGGGACAAGCGGUGAUGCGACUGCUCUUGUGCCAACAGUAAUGACUGCUGUCCCAGCAAUUUUGGAUCGUGUUCGGGAUGGGGUUCUUAAAAAGGUGAAUGGGACAGGUGGAUUAGCAAAGAAAUUGUUUGAUUUGGCAUAUAAUCGUAGAUUAUCUGCCAUGAACGGUAGUUGGUUUGGGGCUUGGGGUCUGGAAAAGCUUUUAUGGAACUUUCUUGUGUUUAGAAAGGUACAAGCAAUUCUUGGAGGUCGCCUUCGUUUUCUGUUGUCUGGAGGGGCACCUCUUUCUGGUGAUACCCAACGAUUCAUCAACAUCUGUCUCAGUGCUCCAAUAGGCCAGGGUUAUGGUCUUACUGAGACUUGUGCUGGUGGGACAUUCUCCGAGUUUGAUGACUUAAGCGUUGGUCGUGUGGGAGCUCCACUUCCUUGCUCAUUUGUUAAGUUGAUUGAUUGGCCCGAAGGUGGAUACCAGACUAGCGAUCUGCCAAUGCCUCGUGGAGAAAUUGUAAUUGGUGGUCCAAAUGUUACACUUGGAUACUUCAAAAAUGAAGAAAAAACUAGAGAAUCAUACAAGGUGGAUGAGAGGGGAAUGCGGUGGUUCUACACUGGUGACAUCGGGCAAUUUCAUGCUGAUGGUUGCCUUGAAAUUAUUGACCGUAAAAAGGAUAUAGUCAAACUUCAACAUGGAGAAUACGUUUCCUUGGGAAAGGUUGAAGCCGCACUCAGUGGGAGCCCGUAUGUUGACAAUAUAAUGCUGCAUGCUGAUCCUUUCCAUAGUUUCUGCGUGGCACUUGUCGUGGCCUCUCAACAUGCAGUAGAAGAAUGGGCUUCUAAGCAAGGAAUCGAUACAAGCGAUUUUGCUGAACUCUGUCAUAAAGAAGAAGUAGUGAAGGAAGUGCAAUCAUCACUUGUUAAGGAAGCAAAGAAGGCGCGAUUAGAGAAAUUCGAGAUCCCUGCGAAAGUCAAAUUGCUAUCGAACCCAUGGACUCCUGAAUCUGGACUAGUUACUGCAGCUCUCAAGCUUAAAAGAGACAUUAUUAGGAAGGCUUUCUCCGAAGACCUCUCUAAACUGUAUGCCUGAUGAUUAUGUUCUGCCCACAACUUGGAUAUGGAGAAAUUGUCCUUGGAGUUAGGUUGGUUUUCCAGGAUUAAUUCUCUCUAUUUCUUAUCCAUUACGUUUUCCUAGGUUGUCUUGUGAUUUUGGUUUACUUUUAAAUAUUUUCUUUUAAGGUUGUCUUUAACUAUUCGCGAGUACUGGAAUUUAGUUCUUAAUAAGAAAUGAGGAAGGUACCAGUUUUGUUUUGCUU